CAUGAAGAGGCUGAAGUGCGUAAUGCAAAUACAGACUGUUUCAUAUAUGCAGUUUAUCGAAAUUGCAUCGGCAAGGAGGCUCUGGACUUCAUGUUCGAGUCAGUUCUCUUAAUGUUCCAAGAACACUCUAAAGUAAAAAGGAGAGAGGUUGAAAAGCUAAAACAAGGAAACAUGCUAGUAGAGGAUGUAGCUAAACUGCUCAAAGAACAUGACCUGCCCAGACUGGAUGGUGACAAAUAUGAAGCAAAAGGAGCAGAAAUUCAUUUAAAACAGCUCAAAGAGCAACCCAAAGUGCUUGCAUUUUUUUUGAAAGCAGAAAAACAAAAAAAGAAGACUAUUAAUGAAGAAAAGGAUGAGACAGCAGAUAAGGAGGGUGGAAAAGUUAUUGGGAAGGAUAUAAUCGAUGGUGAGGAGAAUGAGACAGCAGAAGUGGAGGGUGAGACAGCAGAAGUGGAGAAUGAGUUUGAUAAAGAGGAGAGUGUGGUUGAAAGUAAGGAAGGUGAGACUACAGAUGAAGAUAAUGAAAAAGAAAGUGAAGCUGAAGAUGUAUGA